AUGAACGAUCACAACGACGACCUGGGUACGAUAUGGUGGAGAAAGUUUAUGAAGAAAGCGAGAAUACACAAAGUACCACCUGGAUCUACCUGUGGGCCAUCAAACAUGCCAAUGAUGUCAAUGAUUGUUUCAUUUGUCUGGAUGUACUCGUCCAUGGCGGGAAAGAUUGGUUGCCAAACUUCCAUUUUUGCAAAAGCGUUAACUCCUUUUUAUACUUUAAAUCGGUCAGUAUAUUCCGACUUUUUAACUUUUCGUGGAGGACUUAAUCCAGUAACUGGCGGUUUAUGGUUAACUGAUACAUCUCAUUAUCAUUUAGCUACUGCAGUUCAUAUUUUAGUUGCAGGUCAUCUGUAUCGUAUUAACUGGGUGUCAAUAGAUUGGAGCAAAAAGUAUAGUGAAUUUGUAUUCAACUGCAUUGUUUUACUUACAAUUGACAUCGUAUAUCAUACUUUUAUCAUCAAUUGA